CGUUCACGAAGCGUCAUUUCGUACGCGUCGAGUCCGUGCGUCGAGACGCGCGCGCGUCCUCACGAGUCUCUUCGCCGCCGCCGCCGCCGCCGCCGCGCGCGCGAACGCCAGCAGCCGUUCGAAUCGCCGCCGACGUCCGUCAUUCUCUCUCUCUCUCUCUCUCUCUCUUUUUCUCUCUCUCUCUCUCUCUCUCGUUCCCUCUUUCUCCGUCGUCCUCGAGAUCGAUCAGAUCCGCGGGAGAUUCGCGUCCUGACACACACGUCCGGCCGCGUCGCGUCGCGUCGCGUCGCUGGAAACAUGUAAAGACGCAACAGCGGUCGCGACGGUGAGAGAGAGAGAGAGAGAGAGAGAGAGAGAGAGAGAGAGAGCUGAGAGCGAGUAGUAGCAGUCGCGGGGGACGAGAAGGUCUCGUGGCUUGCGGUCGAGGGGCGAGGAACGCGAGAACGCGAGCGCGGCGCGCCAGGUAAAGUGCACCGCGACGUUGCCGCGGUAUCGGUCCGCGCGUGCGAGAGAUCGUUCGAUCUAUCGUAUUCGGCCCAUCGUUCGCCCCGCGCGCUUCGCGGCGUUCUUCCGUUCGUCCGCCCGCUCGCUCGCUCGGUCAUUCGUUCUUCCGUUCUUUUCGUUCGCUCGCGUCGAUACCGCUCGCGUACUCUCUUUGCUCUUGGAGAAAACGUGCGAUGCGAGUCGCCGUUGUCGUCGACGCCGUGCGAACCGAUCGUCCCCGUCGGCGCAUAUUCGGCGGCGGCGAGUCGGCCGAAGAAGAGGACUCCACACGGGAUCGCCGACGCACGCACGCACGCACGCACGCACGCACGUCAUGUCGACGGGCUACCUGCUCCUGUCUCUGCUGAUCGUCGCGUGGCAAAGCGGCGCGCAAGCCAACUGGUGGUACCUGGGGCUGGAGCCGAGGCUGACAUCCGGCGCGACCCAAGGCGGCGGUGCCGAGCCGCAAACGCAGAUCGCCGGCGCGGGUGUGAUCGGGCCGGCGAGUGCCGAAAAGACCUGCAAGAGCGCGCACCUGACCGUCAAGCAGCAGGCGAUAUGCUCCCGCUCGCCACCCGUCCUGCAGGCGGUGAGCGCUGGUGCCAGGCUCGCCAUCGAGGAGUGUCAGCACCAGUUUAGAUCGGCGAGAUGGAACUGUUCCGUCAGCCCGGAAAAUCCCGAGAACGUGUUUGGCGGCGUUACGUUAGUCAAUAGCCGAGAGGCCGCGUUCAUUUAUGCCAUAUCAGCAGCCGGAGUCGCUUACAGCGUCACAAGGGCCUGCUCCAGAGGCGAGCUCACCGACUGCUCCUGCGACAAUCGAGUGCGAACGCGACGUCCGAACAAUUGGCAGUGGGGAGGAUGCAGCGAAGACAUACACUUCGGGGAGAAGUUCUCGCGGGAAUGGUCCGACGGCGGCGAGGAGCCGGUGAAGGAAGGCGUUCUGCACGGAUCGAAAGGACUGGCUGGCCAACUGAUGAGGAAACACGAUAGCGAGGCCGGCAGACGGGCCAUUCGUUCUAGGAUGCAACGUGUGUGCAAGUGUCACGGCAUGUCCGGCUCGUGCAGCGUACGCGUGUGCUGGAGAAGACUGCCGACGUUCAGGGUGGCCGGAGUCGCUUUGGCGGCGUUGCACGAAGGCGCCGCCUUGAUGCGGCUGGCGCAGCGUGGCGGGAGGAGACCGGCGAGGCUCAGACCGGCGCGACCCGAUCUCAAACGGCCGAACAAGACGGACCUGGUUUACCUCGAGGACAGUCCCGAUUACUGCGAAAGGAACGUCACGCUCGGCAUUCCCGGUACGCGAGGCAGAGUGUGCAACAAGACGUCCCCCGGCUUAGACGGAUGCCGGCUGCUGUGUUGUGGCCGCGGCUAUCAGACGCGAGUGCAGAACGUCACUGAGAAAUGCAAGUGUCGAUUUGUCUGGUGCUGUCAUGUCAAGUGCGACAUGUGCCGGCACACGCGCGAGGAGUACUUUUGUAACUAGAUGUUAGCUGAAAUGAGAUUGUAUCCCGCUCUACCGCGGCCUAUCUCCUAGGAGAACACACACACACACACAAACACACACACACACACACACAC